GCGCAGCGCACAGCCAUGCUGCGGGGCCGGUGGCUGCUGCCCGGCGCCUCGCUGGCGCUGGGCGCGGGGCUGGGGGCGGCCCUCACCGCCCGCCGCCGGGCCGAGGACGAUGCGGCGGAGGGGCUGCUGGGCCGCCUGCCCGUGGUGCCCGCCGUGGCGGCCGCCGGUCCGCCGGCGCUGCCGGGCCCGGGGCGGGCCGAGCUGACCAAGUACGGGCUGCCCGGGCUGGCGCAGCUGCGGAGCCGCGAGUCCUACGUGCUGUGCUACGACCCGCGGAGCCGCAGCGCGCUCUGGGUCGUCGAACAGCUCAACCGGGAGACGCUCAGCGGUACCUCCGACCGCGCCGCCUGCGACUUCCAGGAGGACGACUCGGUGCACGAGUACCACCGGGCCACCAACGGCGACUACCGCGGCAGCGGCUUCGACCGCGGGCACUUGGCCGCCGCCGCCAACCACAAGUGGAGCCAGAAGGCCAUGCGGGACACCUUCUACCUCAGCAACGUCGCCCCGCAGGAUCCUCAUUUAAACCAGAAUGCCUGGAAUAACCUUGAGAAGUACAGCAGAAGCUUGGCGAGGAACAACAAGAACGUCUAUGUCUGCACAGGACCCCUUUACCUCCCCAGGAUGGAGGCCGAUGGGAAGAUGUACGUCAAGUAUCAGGUGAUCGGGAAGAACAAUGUGGCCGUCCCCACCCAUUUCUUCAAGGUGCUCAUCCUGGAAAAGGAGAGCGGGGAGAUUGAGUUGCGCUCGUAUGUGAUGCCCAACAGCCCUGUGGAUGAGAAAAUCCCCCUGGAACGGUUCCUGGUUCCCAUAGAGAGCAUUGAGCGAGCCUCGGGGCUCCUUUUUGUCCCAAACAUCUUGAAGAGAACAAGUAACUUGAAAGCCAUCACAGCUGGAAACAAGCGUUGAACCCUGACUAAACAAAUCCAGGUAGCCCCUGGGCAGGGACUGACAGCAGUCACCCGCAGAAUAAUAGUUCCUUGUGCAAUUUUAAAUGUAGGAAAUAAGAAUCAAACCUGUGUUUCUCUUUACCCUUUGCCUCGUUUUGUGUAACAGUGAAACACGCACACAUGGCAGGUCUCAAGGGCAGUCAUGCAGAAGGCUCCUGGGCACUUGACACUGUAGCAGGGCUCUAAAAUUUGCCUCUAAUCUGCAAUACCGAGCAUACUCCUGUAAUUGCUCCCUUUGAGUUGUGUAUGGCUCAUUAAGACACAAAGGGAAGUUACUUAAUUUCUGCUAUUUAGCAGGGAAGGAUGGGAACAGGGGGAGGAAAGGAGCGGUUCCUGCCUUUCUACAGCCAAAGGAUUGUAUGAUUGUUUUCUUUCAGAAGAUGGUUUUAGCAGUAAAGCUUUGAACAUCCA